AUGCUGUUACGGGGCUCUGGAACUGCGGGACCGUGGGGGUGGCUGACGCUGCUCCUAGUAGCUUGCGCGGCAUGGGCCUCCGAAAUCACUUUCGAGCUGCCUGACAACGCCAUACAGUGUUUUUACGAGGAGAUUGUCCAGGGUACUAAGUGCACUCUCGAGUUUCAGGUGAUCACUGGAGGUCAUUAUGAUGUUGACUGUCGGUUGGAAGGUCCUGAUGGUGCUGUAUUAUACAAAGAGAUGAAGAAACAAUAUGAUAGCUUCACAUUUACUGCAUCCAGAAAUGGAACAUACAAAUUCUGCUUUAGCAAUGAGUUCUCUACUUUCACACACAAAACUGUGUACUUUGAUUUCCAGGUUGGAGAAGAUGCACCACUGUUUCCUAGUGAGAACAGAGCAACUGCACUUACUCAGAUGGAGUCUGCAUGUGUUUCAAUUCAUGAAGCUCUGAAGUCUGUCAUUGAUUAUCAGACUCAUUUCCGGUUGAGAGAAGCACAAGGCCGCAGCAGAGCAGAGGAUUUAAACACAAGAGUAGCCUAUUGGUCAAUAGGGGAGGCAAUCAUUCUUCUUGUAGUUAGUAUUGGGCAGGUAUUUCUCCUCAAAAACUUCUUCUCAGAUAAAAGAACCACAACAACCCGUGUUGCAUCAUAA